AUGCCUACAUAUACCUCAAACCAAAAACAGCUCAUAUCACAAUUUGUCGCAUGCGCAAGCGUUAAGGAUAGCAUUGCUGCUAAGUACCUCAAGAACAAUGGAUGGGUCAUUAAUAAGGCAAUGGAUGAGUACAGCACCCUUUCAUAUGCUUCUACUAUUUGGUCCCGCAUGGCUAUGUUUUUACAAUCCAGUCAAGUAGCCCUGCUGUCUAAUUAUGCUUUUUCUUUUGAACUUCUACCUUGUUCUGUGUUCAAUACCCCUAAGCCGUCGUUUUGCUACUUUCAAAGUCAUCCUACAGCGUCGAAAGCCACAGAAAACACAUUAAGCAAGCUAUUUGACCGCUAUCGAGAUUCACCAACAGAUAACCCUGAUGGGAUAGGCAUCGAUGGGGCAAUGAAAUACCUCGCUGAUAUAAAGGUGAACUUGGAUGAAGUUGCCUGUUUGGCAAUAUCAGAGCUCCUUCGCUCCCCAUCAAUGGGUGAAUUUACUCGCCAGGGCUUCAUUGACGGCUGGAAAGAUUUAGGUGCCGAUACCCUGAAAGAUCAAGCAUUAUUUGCUUCUAGUCUCCGAAAACAGAUCCCCACCGACCCAGUUCUGUUCCGGCGGGUGUAUCGUUACACAUUCAUUCUUUGCCGUUUACCUGGACAGCGCCAUCUCACACUGGACAUUGCUGCUGAGCAAUGGCGCAUCUUCUUCACACCCGACAAUGGUGGCAUUUCUUGGAGCACACAAAAAACACCCUGGCUAGACUGGUGGAUUGAGUUCGUGGAAGAGUCUUGGAAACGGCCGAUCAACAAGGAUUUAUGGGAGCAAACGGAAGUGUUGAUGCGAAAAACCGCUGAGGAUCCGAGUUUGCGAUGGUGGUCUCCCGACGGGGCGUGGCCUGGCGCUGUUGAUGAUUUCGUGCUGCUUGCAAAAAAGCGACUAGGGAACAGCGCGUCGAGUGAUACAAUGAAAGUAGAAUGA